UAGUGUGAUACGGAGUAUAUACAAAUGAAAAUCCGGAAUCUCUUGAUGCCUUAGCUUAACAGCUGCCAAAAGAAAGAUUUGACCUGCAGCUAAUUCCCAUGUUCUUUAUUGGAGUAAUUUUAAGGACUACUAGCUUACAUCUUCAACUCUCAAUCGGAGUACUCAUUAUUCUCUAGCUCCUUAUCAGAUCUUCCAUCAAUAUCAAUUACUACCAAUUAAUUGAUUGAUGCUAAACUACUACUAUUUAUCCCUCAUCUUUUCAAUAGUUUUCCCACAUCUCUCAACCAAACAACACCAUCAUGCAAGUAGAGAUCCAGCCCCAACCCCACGGCCAAAAACCACCACAACCCAUUUUCUCUAAUGGCCACCACCAAACUACACCACCACAACCACCACCCACCACCCAAAACCCACCCCAACUCCUCCCCACCACCGCCACCGCCCACGACCCCAAAAAACUCACUCUCAUCCCCCUAAUAUUCCUUAUCUACUUCGAGGUGGCCGGCGGCCCAUAUGGCGAAGAACCCACAGUGCAGGCCGCCGGCCCCCUCCUCGCCAUCCUCGGCUUCCUAAUCUUCCCCUUCAUCUGGAGCAUCCCGGAGGCUCUCAUCACCGCUGAGCUCUCCACCGCCUUCCCCGGCAACGGUGGCUUCGUGAUAUGGGCCGAUGCCGCGUUCGGCCCCUUCUUCGGCUCCCUCAUGGGCACGUGGAAGUUCCUCAGCGGCGUCAUCAACAUGGCCGCCUACCCAGUCCUCUGCGUUGACUACCUCCAGAACAUCUUCUCCGUCUUCUCGGGUGGUUACCCCCGUUACCUCGCCGUUACCCUCUCCACUCUCCUCCUCUCCUUUGUCAACUACUUAGGCCUAUCCAUAGUCGGUUACUUCGCCGUCUUCCUCGGUAUAAUCUCUCUUUUACCCUUUAUCAUAAUGUCCUUAAUAGCUAUCCCACAGAUAAAGCCCCAUAGAUGGCUCAGUUUAGGCCAGAAAGGAGUUAAACACGACUGGAAUAUUUUCUUCAAUACCCUUUUUUGGAAUUUGAAUUUUUGGGAUAAUGUUAGUACUCUAGCAGGAGAAGUCAAAAACCCACAAAAGAUAUUCCCCAAGGCUUUAUUUAUCGCGGUGAUUUUCACUUGUUUGGCUUAUAUAAUCCCUCUUAUGGCCGCGACUGGGGCAGUCUCAGUUGACCAGAGCGAAUGGGAAGCUGGAUUCAUGGCACAAGCGGCAGAAAUUAUCUCGGGGAAUUGGCUUAGAUUGUGGAUCGAAAUAGGCGCUGUUUUGUCUGGAAUUGGGCUUUUCGAAGCCCAAUUAAGCAGCAGUGCCUACCAGGUCCUGGGUAUGACGGAAUUAGGCUUUCUGCCAAAAAAAUUCGGAGUUCAGUCAAAAUGGUUCAAUACACCCUGGGUGGGGAUUGUGUUAUCGACCAUGAUCACCCUCGCUGUUUCAUUCAUGAAUUUCACGGAAAUUAUUUCGUCGGCGAAUUUCUUGUACAGUUUGGGAAUGCUGUUGGAGUUCGCUUCGUUCGUGUGGCUAAGGAGGAAGUAUCCGGCGAUGAAGCGGCCGUACCGGGUGCCGAUUGGGAUACCGGGACUUGUAGUGAUGUGUUUGGUUCCGUCCGCGUUUUUGGUUUAUAUAAUGGCGAUUGCGACUAAGGUUGUUUUCUUGGUGUGUGGGCUGAUGACUAUGGCUGGGGUUGGGUGGUAUUUUUUCAUCAAGUAUUGCAAGGCUAGGAAGUGGUUCAAGUUUUGUGAAAAUGGUGAUGGGUUUAUUACCAUUGAAUAUAGUGAGGGGAUUUGAUGGGAUCAAAUCCUCGAUCUGUACCUGCUUUUUCUCUGUGCCUUUGUACCCCUACAAUUUUAAAAGUUAAUAAUUACAUGAUGGCAAUCUAACGCCUCAAAACACAUGGCUAAUUUUAUUAUUUUUUGGUACUUCGGAAAUAAAAAGACAUGGCUAUUGGU